GUGUGAGAGUUUCUUUCGGCCAGACAGCAUGUCUCCGGGUACGGUAAAGGCGCGUGGAAGCUGGGCUUCCAAAACUGAGUUUAUUCUGUCUUGCAUGGGAUACGCGAUCGGUAUCGGGAAUGUUUGGAGAUUUCCGUACCUGUGCUACCGUAACGGCGGAGGAGCGUUCCUGGUGCCGUAUCUGUUGAUGUUGGUGCUGUGUGGGAUUCCGUUGUUCUUUCUGGAAGUGUCUCUGGGUCAGUUUGCUGGAACGGGUUGCAUAACGGUGUUCAAGAUUGCGCCACUGCUGAAAGGGGCUGGGAUGGCUAUCGUUGUGAUCAACUUUAUUUGUACUUCGUACUACAACGUGAUCAUCUCGUAUCCGAUAUUGUUCUUGUGGAAGUCGCUUCAAGCGCAAUUGCCGUGGGAAAACUGCCAGAAUCCGUGGAAUACACCACGCUGCGUUGAACUUGGUGGUUCGGAUCAGCUCCAUAUGAUGAUGAACAACAGUUUGCUCAGUGUAUCCGAGAGGUUGCGAACUCCAGCGGAUGAGUUCUUUCAUAAUGAAAUUCUGCAAAUCUCCGACGGAAUCGGAAGCCCAGGUGGUAUUGUGUGGCCUCUGUUCGUGUGCAAUUUACUUGCAUGGAUCGUCAUCUACUGCUGCAUCAUCAACGGGGUCGAAUCCGUGGGGAAGGUCGUCUACUUCACGGCGACAUUUCCGUUUGUAAUAUUAGCCGUUUUAUUCGUUCGAGGGAUCACACUGCCGGGAGCGGCUGAAGGCAUUAGAUUCUACAUAAUGCCACAGUGGGGCCUGUUGACCGAUUUGCGGGUUUGGGCCGAUGCGGCUGUCCAGAUAUUCUUCUCGCUGGGACCCGGCUGGGGAGGUAUCAUCAAUAUGGCUAGCUACAAUCAGUUCAAGAACAACGCAAAGUUUGACGCACUGCUCAUUCCGGUCGUCAACUGCGGUACGAGCAUCUUUGCCGGCUUUGUGGUGUUCUCGGUGCUCGGAUAUAUGUCACAUCAAACUGGGCUUCCAGUCUCGGCCGUCGCUACCGGUGGACCAGGGUUGGCUUUUGUGACAUACCCGGAGGCGGUUGGAAUGCUGCCGUUUCCACAGCUGUGGGCUAGUUUGUUCUUUGUAAUGCUGUUUCUGUUGGGAGUAGACAGUAUGUUUGUGCAAAUCGAAGCCAUCAUCAGUUCGGUUCUCGAUGUAUACCCGUGGUUGAGGACUCACAAACGUUGGAUUACACUAGGAACAUGUUUUGCCAUGUUUUUACUUUCGAUUUCCUGCACAACACAUGGUGGAAUGUAUUUGCUGCAACUUAUGGAUUGGUAUUCGGCCGCGAUCUCGGUGAUUUUGGUGUGCAUCGUAGAGGUUGUGGCCGUUUCUUGGGUUUACGGCGUUCGAAACUAUGUGCGGGACAUCGAGUUCAUGAUCGGCAGAUCGAUCGAGCGAUACUGGAUCGUGUCGUGGAAAAUUGUCACUCCGUUGGUUCUGACGUUCAUAUUUUUUACAACUAUUGUCUACAACACAGAAGUAACCUACAACGGAGUGCGAUAUCCACGGUGGGCGAUCAUUUUAGGCUGGGCUAGUUGUUUCGCUUCGAUGAUUUGUAUUCCAGGAUAUGCUAUCUAUGAGCUUGCUCGGACCAGAGGGACGAUCACAGAGAGACUUCGGAAAAGCCUUACUGCGAACGACUGGGGACCUGCCGACAUAUUGCAGCGAACGCUCUGGAAGAGCCAUGUGGAGAUAAGCUAUCAAAUGUAGGACUUGAAAGUAACAAAAUCGAUACGAAUGCUUCAAAAUUUAUUAUGCCAAAUCUCAAUCCAAUCCAUUUUACAGCCAGUACUUGUUGUAACCAUAACCGCCAUAGUUCCACGCACCGUUAU